CAUCAGCACCGUGAUCGGUUUAGUACGAGAACAAACCACUCACAAUGGCGGCUAAGUUGAUCGAUAAACAGCUCCACAAUGUCCCCGGCAAACUCCGCGUGGCAGAGCUGCUCUUCGACGUUCCAGUCAACUACAGUAAGCCCAAUGAAGGGACUCUCAGACUGUUCGCCCGGAGUGUGCGUCGUCUAGUGACGCCGGUUGAGUCCACCAAGGAAGAGAAGCAACUUCCGUGGCUGGUCUAUCUGCAGGGAGGCCCGGGGAUGGGCUGCAGGCCCCCGCAGGAGUAUGGCUGGGUCGGAACGGUCCUCGAAAAGGGGUACCAGGUCCUGUUUCUGGACCAGCGUGGCACGGGUCUCAGUUCCACCAUCACCGCCGGCACACUGGCUCUCCAAGGCAAUGCGAUCAAGCAGGCAGAGUAUCUUAAGAAUUUCCGCGCCGACAACAUUGUUCGAGACUGCGAAGCUGUCCGCCGCUGUCUCACCACGGACUAUCCCGAAGACAAACGCAAAUGGAGCGUGAUUGGCCAGAGUUUUGGUGGAUUCUGUAUCGGGACCUAUCUUUCCAUAUUUCCAGAGGGAUUGGCUGAAGCGUUCAUUUGUGGUGGACUUCCCCCGCUGGUGAACGAUCCAGAUCCUGUUUAUGCGAAGACCUAUGAGAAGGUGGAGCAGCGGAACAAAGACUACUACGCUAAGUAUCCCGAGGAUGUUGCGCGAGUGAAGAAAAUCGUUCAAUACUUGAAGGAGAACCGGGUUGCCUUGCCGUCAGGGACUCUGUCGCCCGAAAGAUUCCAGCAGCUAGGUAUCAGCUUUGGAAUGCAUGGCGGCAUUGACUGCGUCCAUGAGCUCGUAUAUCGCGCCUGCAAUGAUCUGGAAAUCUUCGGGUUCCUCACGCACCCUACCCUGACCUCCAUCGACAGCUAUGGUGGCCAAGACCAAAAUGUCAUCUACGCCGUCUUGCACGAGGCCAUCUACUGCCAGGGACGAGCCUCAAACUGGUCCGCCGAUAGAUAUCGCGCAGCUAACUCACAAUUCCAUCUCAAUGCUGAUCUUCCCGAGAUCUGUUUCACCGGCGAGAUGAUAUACAAAGACAUGUUCGACUCAUACACCGAGUUGAACAGCAUCAAAGAGGCAGCAGACAUCCUCGCAACCACGACCGACUGGCCGGCCCUCUACGAUGAGGAGCAGCUAGCAAAGAACGAGGUCCCCGUUUACGCCGCGACCUUCGUAGACGAUAUGUACGUGCACUUCGACCACUCUUUGAACACCGCUUCGAAGAUCAAGGGGACCAAGCAGUUCAUCACGAACGUCAUGUAUCAUAAUGCUAUCCGUGCCAAGCCGGACGAGCUUAUAAGGCAGCUCUUUGCGCUGCGGGAUGAUACUAUCGAUUAAGCGCCUCCUCGCACUGCUGGUCGCUAUUGCAUCGGACGUCUCAAAAGACGUUACCUCAUGGAUUCUUCUAUAUUUCCAAACCCGCGAGUAUCAAUACGCGCUGUGGCGUAU